AGUUUUUCCAGAAUGGAGUAAAAAAAAUAGUGUUUUUCUUGCACAUAAUUGCACUAGUUAGUGUUCAUUUGUAUUAUUUCUGUUCACGUCGUUUAUACCGUUACCUCUUCAAAGUUUGCUCAAUGAGUUCCCCACUCGUCGAGUAACACAUGAGAGUAUAGCUGUAAGUUUGACAAUUUUUUUUAUGCAUCAGCAUUAUAAUCCAUUCAAAUGCGGGAGUCUGUCAGAAAAACCCUGGAUAAUCCCUUAUUGGACAGCCACCUUAAGAGCUGGUUUGCUAUUUUCCUAAUUGAUAUAGAGAUUAAGGCUGACAAAAAGCGGUAUAUACAACCCAAUCACAUAACCAAGCCCACCACUCGUACGUGUUUUGCUUGGUAUAAGAAGACAGAUAUAAAUUAAUGCUUUGGGACUAAACUAAACUUGAAGUCGGUUAGCUUGCAAUAUGGAGUUUGCUUGGCCAGGUUUAAUGCCGUGUCUUGGCUGUCCCCAAUGUCUAACGUCAAGGUUUUUUGAAGGACCUCCACGAAAACAACGUCGUGAGCGUACGACUUACACCAAAGCUCAGCUUGAAAUUCUGGACGAGCUAUUUGCUAAAACAAAAUAUCCGGACAUCUUUAUGAGGGAGGAAGUUGCUAUGAAAAUUAAUCUUCCGGAAAGCAGAGUACAGGUAUGGUUUAAAAACAGAAGGGCUAAGUUUCGACAGCAAAACAAGCAACAACAAGGCGCCCCAAGCAAGCCUAAACCAACAGCAGCUAAGCCAAGAAAGAGCCCCACGCCACCUGCUUCACAGCAUGUCCAAGAUCCAUCGCCAAAGCCAUCCCCCAUAGCACAGGCACCCCCUCAACAGUUCAACAACUUUACUUUUAAUGGUCCCAAUUGGCCUAGCAAACACAAUAUGCAAGAAAUGGCCAACUUCCACAGACAGGCCAACUAUCAAAAAUUUAUCAAUAACGGAAUGAAUGGAUUCCCUCCGUCUAAUUUUGGGCCCACUUCGUCACCGCAAGCUCAUUUCUACCCAAGCCACGAACAGUACUUCUCCUAUAUGUCAAAUGCUGGACCCGUCUCAAAUGAGAUGUCCCGGAAUCGAUUAGAAUCCACUAUGAUGUGCUGAAAGUUCCAAUAUUUCAUGAAAUUUGCCACCAAGCUUUAUAACUCUUCAGAAGAAAUUCUUAGUGUGUAUUAUGCCAUAUGGCUGUAUAUAUUAGAUGUAAAAGAAGCUCGUCCUCGAACUGGUGAGAAUAGAAUAACUAUUACCGGCUGAGCAGGAAAGAAGUUUCGAUGUUAACUAUUCAAACAGCUCCUGCAUAUCCUCUUUUGUUAGCAUUUCCCAUUAACAUCACUUCGAAAAAAAUAUUAACUCUGGGCCAGAUUUCCGCAUGUGUGUUUAGGUUUCAUUUGGUUUAAGUAACCUGUAACAGCUUAACACAGUGCUCCGCCUCAUAAGCUUUUAAAUAUGAACAAAGCAGGUAUUCAUUUUUCUUUUUCACCAGUAAGUAUAGUUCAAAAUUUCGGAUAAUCUUAUCGAGCUCUACCUAGCCUAUAUUGAGUCUGAUCUUAUUCCUAGUAGCAUAUUUAAAGCACCUUCAGCGUCAAUUAUAAACAAGAUAAAAACGUUACGAUCCUACUGGUUUGUUCCUUCGAACCUAAAGGUAGCAUCUGUACACGUCUUUCGCAAUGUUAAGAUUUAUAAAGAUGAUUUAAGUUUAUUGUUCAUAAUAAAGAACAAUGUGAGCCACCAUCGUGACUUCAAUGAAUUUUUUUUUUGUGCCCGCUUUUAGAUGGAUCUAUAGAAUGCCAACAAUGCACAAAAUGAUAUAAAUGUCAAAAUAUAUGUACUGAGAAAGGAAUUUAAAUAUUGUUCUGAAACUAUGAUAUUCGACGAAUAAACCAUUAAGUUGUUUUCUUAAGCUA